GAUGGUAUUCGAUAUAAUGUUACACAAAUAUUCACCACUAGUUACAUGUGAAAGGUAAUCUGAAAAAGAAUGGUCAAACAACGUGAAAGGAACAAGUUUCACUUUCAGUCAUUCAACGAUCAACUCGGUGGUAUCAAGGUCGGAGUAAGAAGGCUAGCAAAAGCAGAUGAUUGUGAGGACAAUGACACCCAGACAAACCAAUCUCUACAAUAUUGGCGGGAGAUGAACUGCUCUGAACAAUUUGUGCUGUGUUACGGAAAACUUAACACAAUAACAGAGAGUCUACCACAACUUCUCCACCACAAAGAUACGAUAGUAGAUAUUAUCCUGGACUCUCUGCAGGAUACAACAGGCAGGCACGGCUGUGAUGCUGUUUUGGAUGUGCUUUCUCGUGUUGCUCUUGACUUACAACAGGAUUUCUACAGCUGUGUACCCCGCAUAAUCCUCGUCCUACACUCCCUCCUAAAAGUGCAAGACGCCCCACUCAUAGCCCACGUCUUCAAAACCUUCGCCCACAUCUUCAAGACCACAUGGAGGCAGAUGCUAGCUGACAUCAGCUCUGUGUUUGAUCUGUUAUCACCGCUCUUCAAGCCUCCGACCAAGCAUUAUGUGGCUAACUUCACUGCGGAGAGUGUUGCGUAUCUGAUCAGGAAACAUCCUGAACCAGAGGUUUUGUUGGGUUUAUUGGAGGAGAAGAUAGGGCAGAGUAGUGGGUUAGUUGCUCCUGUUGCAACCUUACUUUUUGAAACGGUUAAAGGUGUUCAGUACAAGUUCAACACACAUGCUGAUCUUUAUCUUAAUCUUAUAUUGAAGAAGAGUAGGACAUCGAAACAUUUUCAGAAUAUUUACAUCGAAAUAUUGAAGCUUGUUGCGAUAAAAAUCACCAAACCGGAAACUCAAAUCAUAUGGGAUUCCCUGAUUAGAGGUUUAUCCACGGAAAAAGAACCGUCAGAGUUCUUGAUAUUUGUUUUGUCGUGUAUUGAUGUAAUGUUGAAAGGAGGACGCCACACCUAUCUGAUAUCCAGCUCUGAUCUGUUAUCUGCUCUGACCCCGAUAUUCAGUCUGUUGAACGGAGAUGAGGGGAGGUUAGAGGAGAAGUUUAGUGUCACUGUUGUGAACUUUAUCCGUGCUCACAACCAUCUGAUGAGGUAUUUGAAACAGAUGGUGUCAGCUGAUGAUAGGUUGAUGUUGUCUCUUUAUCUUGAUCAUCAUAAAUCAGUGAACUGUCUGCAAUCUUUGAUUAGUGUGCUAUGUGGUAUGCCAGAGUUUUAUGAUAAUUACUGUCCUGUGAUCUUGGAGAAGGUUCAGAGCUUUGAUCUCAGAACUUAUCUUCAUGUUUUAGCAGAAAUCUCCAUACACCGUGAAGCUGGAAACAUUCUUGAAAUACCAAGCAUAUUUGCUGAAUCUCAGCCUGAAUUCAAGAAAUCUGUUGUUCAGCUAUUAUCAGAUUCUGGGUCAGACACAACUCUCGCUUUUCAGUGUUUAAAAGUUAUCCAAAGUUUUACCAACAUUGACGAUGACUCUAUAGCCUCGCUAACCAACAUGUUCAAAGCCCUUCAUCAAGACAAAGACCAACAAUAUCUUUACCUGGAGGUUAUAAAAUGUUUAUCUCUCUUAUCAGUAGAUGAGAGUGACGGAUUGCUGCAGUGGGAGGAGGUGGUAAAUAUGGUAACUGAACAAAGUGGUGAUGUUAUAGUGUUGCAGACUGUGUUUUUCUACCUCAGACAGUGCGGGCCUGGGUUUAUAGAAAGGUCUUGUUUUGAGAAACUCAUGGAACUUCUCAAAGAUAACCUACUAAAAACGAGUACCUCUGUACGGUACAUCACACUGAAUAUCCUAUCACUGUACACGGAAGUGGAGGAGAUAUCCCCUACAACAAGACAGGAUAUCACUGCUGCACUUAGUGCUGAGAGCACGCCUCUUACACUGGAGACUUAUAGGGAUAGAUUCAUGCAUUGUACCCUGCUGAGGUAUUCAGCCUCGACUGAAAACACGGAUUUUAGAGUGAGGUAUUUGUUAGGCAGUUUGCAGUGGCCGCUGCGACCUAUCUGGGAAGGACUAACCAAACUUAUAGUGGAGUUUGGCAACGCUGAUUCAGCUACCUUUUGGACCAUAUUUAGUCAGGUUAUGGGCCGUCUUUACGAUACAUCUCAUCGUGAAACGAAAAUGGAAAUCGAUUACCCAACUUCAGAGUAUGUCAGAAAAAUAGCGACCAGCAAUUUCUCAAAUUCUGGUCUCUUGGUGAAGGACAUUGAUGACGAUACAUUCCGGAAUUGUCUUUGGAAUCUUCUUUCGGAAGUUCCACACAUUGCUGAGCCUAAGUCCAGAUAUUUAGUUCCUAUCAUACUCGAGUUCCGGGUGAGGUACAACGAGGUUUACGGAUUUAGAAAGCAAGAUAUAUCGCUGAACAGAAUCGUUAAAGCAAGUGGCGGUAGUAAACCCGAGACUCAUAUAAACGAUGAGCUGAGAGCCAUGUUGAAGCUGUUAUCUCAGUUUAAUAACCCUAAGGCAUUGUACAAGACAGAUGAGUUGCAGAACAUGUACUCAGAGCUACUGUCUAACAAGCAGACCGAUGUUCAGAAACUAGCUUUAGAGUGUAUGAUAACGUACAAAGAUGCCUCUUUAACUGAGUAUAAAGAAGAUAUUCUAAUGCUGGUGGAUGAUGUCAACUUCCGAGAUCAGCUUGCCAAGUUCAGCGUGUCAGGGGAAGGAACAAUCCUAAAGCCAGAUCACAGAGCAGCAGUGUUCCCCAUCCUACUGAAAAUCAUGUUUGGUAAGAUGGGUAGCAGGAUAGGACAUGCUAAGGGCAAAGCUGGGUCCAAGCAGAGACAAGGCAUCGUUCUAAGAUAUCUGGAGGCUUGCUCAGAGGAAGAGAUCGGUUUAUUUUUCGACCUUGUAGCCUUGACAUUUGGGAUCAACGAAAUCCAUCCAGACUCCACUCCAUCCUUCUCGAUCACGCCGCUAGGAAUGCAGACCUCCUACCUCCGCCUGAUCCGCCAGACAAUCUCAGUCCUCCACGAGGACCAGACCAGACCUCACAUUCCACACAUUAUAGACACAGUGCUGACGAUGUUGCACUCUGUUCAGCACUGCUUGCAGCGCCGAACUGAAGUGAUGCCUCACACUCACACCCCCCUCAAAGCGCUGCGAGCGCUCACUAUUUCUACCAUAACUCAUGUUUUGAACGCGUUUCCUAAAGACGAUUUGACGGCUCACCAGGCACGAGUGUAUGAGGUUGUUGUGGAUGUUAAUAUUGGGAACUUGCCCGCGGAAUCUCUUCAAUCCUCCUCUCCUCUACUCCUUCUCAUUGAGUCCUGCGCAAUGCACAGAUUGUCAUGGUUACAGCACACAUGUGCUGGGAAACACGUACUUGAGUACGUGAUAAGCCUGUUACGGGGUAAGGGCGUGGUCAACGUUGUUAUCAGCAAAGUAUUGACAAUAAUAGCGUGUCUACUAGACCAUGGGACAGCAGGACAAACCCUCCUACUUCCUUAUCUACACCCAGUGGUCCAGUACAUUCACCAGUCUCUGUUGUCCUUGAAAAAGACCAAGAAGAAGAAACAUGGACCAGCGGUUUCAGUCAAGAAAACGUUAAAACAAGAGCUGGACCUGCUGUCCCGCAUAUCCUGUCUGAUAACAGAAAUACCUGACAUGUCACUGCAGACAUCGUGUGACGCGCUCAUCAACACUCUUGUGCACGUGCUGAAGGAGCAGAUAGUCCGGAAGCCUGUGGAUGUAGUGAAUGCUGUGGACACUAUUACUCAGCUGCUGGUUUGUUUGAAGAAAACAGAGCACUCUGAGUAUCCUCCCUUACUGGACACGUGCUAUCAAAUGUGUUGUGUGCUGUUCGGAGAUAACAAUGACAAGGAUGCCAGAAAAUCCCUCUGUAGAUUGCUAGAAAACACGGGUCACCCCAGUGCAAACAUACUCCACCAGCUACACGCCUGGAACAUGAAAGUGCUGGAUGAACCUGACUUUGAUGCUAGGUUACAGGGAUUCCGAGACAUGUCUCAGAUCCUCAACUCUGACAUUCCCGUCAGCGAUCUAAAGUUGAGACUGUCUCCGUGUCUCAACACUGCUCUCUACACUGUGUUCACCUCAGAGGAGAUGGCACUCCGAGACUCUGCCUCUCAUGCUGCCAUCCUCACCAUAGACUUUGUCAAAACCACCAGCAACUCCCAGAUUUACACCCUUAUUAUUGAGGAGCAUAUUGUUAAAUUCCUACAGAGCGGGCUCCGUAACCCUGCCGAAGUCUUCCAGCGUGAAGCCAUACUGCUCCUUCACAAAGUUGUUCAAGCCUUCCCUGAGGUUGCUCCCUGGAACCACCUAGCUCCUCUCACUGAUGAAGAUCCGGAGAUAGACUUCUUCAACAACAUUACACACAUACAGACGCACAGACGUACACGUGCAGUCACCAGGAUGAAGGGGUCUAUUGAGCAGGCUAGCGUGGAUUCUAUGUGGAAUUAUCUUCUCCCUAUUCUGUCUCCUGUCUUCUCUCUUUCAGGGAACAAGCACCACAACACGAUAACAGAGGGCUUGUCAGUCCUUACAGAAAUGUGUCUCAAGUUCCCCUGGGCCAAGUUUCUCAAGCUUCUCCAGAAGUCUCUCAAGGACCUGGCUGCCAAGGUGGAGGAUAAGAUCACUGUCAAAGUUGUUGGUGCUAUUCUUGCUGGAUUCCACGAACCCGUUGAACCAGGCAGUAAGAUCCUCUCUACCAUUACAAAACAAGUCCUGCCCAAGAUGCAGGAGUUCCUGACAAAGGUAACCACGGCUCCUAUAGAACGGAGCAAGAAGAAAUCAAUCGCUUACGAGGAGGACCAAGUCGCUGUCCAGGCACCAAUAGCGAUAUCAAUAGUGAAUCUAAUCACGAGACUGCCUGAGGAGGAGAGACAGACUAAACUUCCUCCUGUACUGUUGAGAAUUUGUAACACGCUGCGUAACAGAGCGAUGGAUGUGAGAGAUGUAUCCAGACAGACGUUAUCCACUAUAGCUAACAGUCUCGGACCUCUCUACUUGGGUUACAUUCUCUCUGAACUCAGGGGCGCUCUGUCUAAGGGGUACCAAUUACACGUGCUGUCGUACACUAUGCACCAUCUACUGCUGCACACGGAGCUCAAGCCAGCUGAUAUAGACAACUCCACUUUGCAGACCAUCGCCGAGAUUUGUGUAGACGGGCUAGUGGGCAGGACAGCAGCUGACAGAGACAGAGGCCACGACAAGAAGAACACCCUGCCUGAAGCUAAGAAGUGCUAUAGUUCCCAGUGUCUGGAGAUGUGUGCUACUGUGGUGGCAGUCUCUCAGUUGGAACUCCUCAUGGACCCUGUUAAGAGGAUGGUACUGGAGACAAGAAGGAGCAAGACAAUUAUAAAGCUAGAAGACCUGCUAAAAUGCAUGGUGUCUGGUCUCCUCAAGAACCCUCUCAUCACCCCCACCGUAUCCAUGGUCUUCUGUUACAGACUCCUCAACGACAGUAUUGCUAUUGAGAAAACUCGGAGAACCUCUGGGUUGAUCGCACCAGAGAAGACUGAUAUCUACGAGAUACCGGAAGCUCCGAAGCGGGACGGUGUAAAACCUAAGCUGAUAAAAACGUCCAACAUCCACCUUCUCCACCAGUUCUCCCUGCAGAUCCUGUCAACUCUUCUGAAGCGAGGUGUGGUGACGACUAAGGAGCACGGGGAGCUCCUGGACCCUUUUGUAGGUUCUCUAACAGAGUGCCUGGCCUCUUCUGAUGUCAAGACUCAAGUGUUGGCUGUGCGGUGUUUCUCACAGCUGUUCGAGCAGAAUGUUCUACUGCCUAGGCUUUGUGAAAAUGUUACUGAGCUGACCAAGUUUUCUUUUCAUGUGCUCAGGAAUAAUUCCAGGUCCACAAACUCUGGUCACAUGUUGGAGCUCAUCUUCUCCUCCUUCAAAAUCUUAACCGUUAUCUUGCGAGAGUACAAAGACUACUCCCUGUCAGAGCUAGAGGUUAAGACACUGUUACAGUACAUAGCAGAUGAUAUCCACAACAGAAAUAGACAAGCCACCGCCUUCUCCCUGCUCAAGUCCAUUUUAACACGAGACAUUGUGUUACCCGAGAUCCCUGCGUUGUUGGAGCGAGUAUUCGAGAUGAGCGUGGUGGGACAGUCUGACUUUGUCCGGACCCAAUCCCGGCAAGUAUUCCUCCACUACCUUCUCCACUACCCCCUGGGUAAGAAGCUCCGAAGCUACGUUGUGUCCCUGACAAAACAGCUGGAAUACACCCACAAGGAUGGGAGAAUGUCCGCCCUCGAGCUCCUUGGUAUGCUCGUCUCCAAACUUCCUCCCGAUCUUCUUAAAGAAUAUUUCCUUGUGGUUUUCUUGUCACUGUCCACGAUGCUGGUGUCAGAUGAGGAUGCUGAGUGUAGGAAAGGUGCGGGUAUAACUGUAGCGGAUCUGGUCAGCAGAGCAGGAAAUGAUAACCUGAGAGAAAAGGUCUGGAGUCUGACUGCUGCCUGGCUAGCUGAUAAGAAGCUGAAACACAAAUACCUAGCAGUCCUGCUGAUGGACUCUCUUUCUAAACAUCUCACUACCAAACGUGCCGCAGUGCUGAUAGAGCAGUUGGUAGGUGUUGUGAACACGUUUAGUGUAUGGGAGGGAAAGGAGGAUAACGCUACCUCCACCAGGGACCAGAUAGUUUACACGGGUGUCCUGACCCUCCUGAAGUUAAAUAACAUGUCAGCCCUUCCUAUCUCCGUGUACGAUCGGCUACAAGAGUUGAUGUCCUAUCCUCACCAGUGGGUCAGACUGGCUGGAUGCCAACUUCUCGGACAUCUCCUGUCUGGACACAACUGUAGAACUGUACUUACAGCAGCUCCUUCCAGUCAGAUUCUAGGAGUCAACCCCAGACACAAGGUGGACGAGCUGAUAAAGCUGUGUUUACUGCAACUCAAAUCUACCAAUGUGCUCCCUGAUCACGCGCUACAGAUUGUUAAGAAUGUGGUGUGGCUCACUUCUGCUCUGCUUUUCUCCCCGGAUGAUAACACUGAAGAAGGAUUGUUAUCUACACAUGAUCUGAUUCACCGUCUGGUGGUGGUCGCUAGUAUUGAGUCUUCUCAAGAUCCAACCAACACUCUCAAGCGAGGUAUCAUACUAAAAUGGGUAGGAGCGGUGGUGAACACGGUAGAUAAAGAAGUACUGGCACCCCACCUGCCAGCACUGGUAGCACCUGUACACAGAGAAGUCAAAAACAGCACAGGUCCGGUGUGUGAUAUGGCAACCGAGGUGAUGUCGUUCCUUCGGGACAGACUUGGUAACGAGACCUUGUCUCAAGCUCUAAUAACCGCUGAUAAGACCCGGUCAGAGAAAAAGAGGAAGAGAAAGAGAGAAACCGCUCUUGCUGCCAUUGCUAACCCUGAGUCUCACGCCAAAAAGAAGGUUAAAGUGAAUUUGGCUAAGCGGGAAAAGAGGAAGGAGAAGUAUAAGAAGUUGAAAGCGAAACAGUUUAAAUCUCAUUGAUUGUGUAGAUUUGUAGUUAAUUUAAUCCGAUAUGAAAUUUCAGAUAGGGCGGAAGGAGUAUGAGUUUUUAGCUGGAUUUUUGACCAAUAUUUUUAAACCUGACUUUUUCUUACUGAUCAACCUGCUAACUUAAUUUUAAGUAAGUAGGUUAAUAAGUAAGUUAAUUAUUGUAUGGUUUCUUAAUAUUAAACGGGGUAGCUGAUUUCUUACUAAAUUAUUAC